GGGCGCGGGCAGGGACGGGGCCGCACCGAGCGCCGGGGCCGCACCGCCCGCUAUGCGAGAGACGCCGCAGCCCGUAGAAUGGUGAUCUCUGAAGUUACAAUACAGAAUGUACAUGCUGAUAGGGAAAUUCCAAAACACACAGACAGAGUAGCAGCAACUGCAUGUCUCCAAAACCUCCUGGUACACUUAAGGAGAGAAAGACAUACCUUAAGAAGACAGAAUGUGGUGUCCAAAGUUAGACCAGGUGGAUAUCCCAGCAGGACCUACUGCACCAGUCACUCUGACUUUAAUCGUAGUACAUCAACUGGUAAAACACUGAGUCGUUGCACUACCUGAACGACAAGUAUGUGCAAGAUAACAAAAAUCCCUGUGCAUGCAUGCUGAAGCGAUUUGUGUGAGUUACAGGGACAGUGUAACACAGGUGAACGUCUUAAUUCUUUGCUCAAUAAAGGUGGCAGUUUACAGCUGGGGUGGGGGAUGUUCUCCCUCAAAAGCUUCCUCACUGCCUCUGUAAGGGCCCAGUGGGGUUCUGAGCGCGUUUGUCCUCGGGAGCUGCCCCGUGGGAGUUCUCGGAGCGGCUCUACCCGUAUUCACGCCGGAUUCAGCCACAGCUCGAACCCUUCUACCUCCCUGGGGCGCCGCGCCGGGAAGGCGGCUCCGCCCGGCCCCGGGAAGCGCCGCGGGCGGGCUCCCGGACGGCCCCGGGCUCCGCCCGCUGCCGGGGCGGCACCAGGAAGCGGAACGGCCGCCAGCGGAAUCAGUUCCGGGUGCGAGUGGCUGCGGGAGCGGGCGGGAAGCGGCGGUGGGAACGGGCCGGGCCGGCCGGGGACCCGCCAUGUGAGAGCCCCCGACAGCCCCAGAUUGCUCUUUACAUCAGUAGAAAUGGACAGCAGCAGUUUCAUUCAGUUUGAUGUGCCAGAGUACAGCAACACUGUUCUGAGCCAGCUAAACGAACUCCGCUUGCAAGGGAAGCUCUGUGACAUAAUUGUGCACAUCCAGGGGCAACCGUUCCGCGCCCACAAGGCUGUGUUAGCUGCCAGCUCUCCAUAUUUCCGUGACCAUUCAGCAUUGAGCACCAUGAGUGGCUUAUCCAUAUCAGUAAUUAAAAAUCCCAAUGUUUUUGAACAGUUGCUUUCUUUCUGUUACACUGGAAGGAUGUCUUUGCAGCUGAAGGACGUUGUCAGCUUUCUGACUGCAGCCAGCUUCCUGCAGAUGCAGUGCGUCAUCGACAAGUGCACGCAGAUCCUGGAGAGUAUCCAUUCAAAGAUCACUGUUGGCGAUGUUGAUUCUGUCACUGUUGGUGCUGAAGAAAAUUCAGAGAAUCGCAAUGGCGUUAAAGACAGCAGCUACUUUGCCAACCCUAUUGAGAUCUCUCCUCCCUAUUGCUCUCAGGUGCGACAGCCAACAGCAGGCAGCGAUCUGCGGAUGGAAACUACUCCAGGCAAAACUCUACGGAGUCGUCUGCAAGAAGAAGGACAUUCAGACCGAGGGAGCAGUGGGAGUAUCUCUGAAUAUGAGAUUCAGAUUGAAGGUGAUCAUGAGCAAGGAGACCUGAUAGUAAGGGAAAGUCAGAUUGCAGAGGUGAAAGUUAAAAUGGAGAAGUCUGACAGGCCAAGCUGCUCUGACAGCUCUUCCCUCGGGGAUGAUGGAUAUCACACUGAAAUGGUGGACGGAGAGCAGGUGGUGGCAGUAAAUGUUGGUUCCUAUGGGUCUGUCUUACAACAUGUUUAUUCAUUUACCCAUGCCUCAUCCCAGGCUACAGGUGUGUCAGAAACCUUUGGGAGCCUGAGCAAUACAAGUCCUUCAAGGUCAAUGCUGAGCUGUUUCAGAGGGGGUCGUGCACGCCAAAAACGAGUACCUACAGGUCACUUGCAUAGUGAUGUCCAGGGCUUGGUGCAAGGGGCUGACAGUGAAUCCAUGGUGAGUAAUCCAGGAUAUGAAAAUAGUCCACAGGAAAGAAAUGCAAGAGGUCACUGGUAUCCAUACAAUGAAAGGCUAAUUUGUAUUUACUGUGGGAAGUCUUUCAACCAGAAAGGGAGCCUUGAUCGACACAUGCGAUUGCACAUGGGAAUAACUCCUUUUGUGUGCAAGUUUUGUGGAAAGAAAUACACCCGUAAGGACCAACUUGAAUAUCAUAUUCGUGGUCACACAGAUGACAAACCCUUUCGCUGUGAGAUCUGUGGCAAAUGCUUUCCUUUCCAGGGUACACUAAACCAGCACUUGCGAAAAAAUCACCCUGGGGUAACAGAAGUGAGAAACAGGGUCGAGUCUCCAGACAGAACAGAAGCAUUUGUGGAACAGAAAGUAGAUAAUGAUGCUUCAGCUUCUGAAGCCAUGGAUUCUAGUAUGGAAAUUCAUGCAAUGUCUAACACAUCUGAUUAAAAUACUACAUUUUAAGUGCAACACAGACAAGCACACUACUAGUGUAUUUUUAAAGUAUUUUAUUCUUUUAGUAAUCUUCAGUACAAGUGUAACAGCCUUUUAAUUUUCCUGACCUUCUGGAAAUCAGUUAGAAAUGGUUUCUGGAGAGGACUACACAAGUAUUCUUUGUUUUUGAAGGAGGCUGAGUUGUUUGGGGUUUGUUUUUUACUUUUGGAGAUGCUCAGAACAUAAAGACUGUGCUGGGGAAAAGAUAGGAAGAGUCUGCUGAAGUGUCCCUAUUGAUUGAUCUGGCGAGACACAAACUCCAGUGGAGAAAGAUAUUAGAAUAAGAUUGGCAGCUCUGCUGGAUGCUCCAAGAAGCUGUAAGUUCCCUUAUUUUCUGAAAUCCUCUUGCUGGUAAUGAGUUACACAGCAGUGGGGAGAGAGAGAAUAUCAUAGCUUUGAUUCUUCUUGUGUCACAAUGAAAUCUAUUCUUACUAACUGGUUUUGGUAGUGAGUCUGUUUAUAUAUAUAAAUCUGCUUUAUAUAUAUAAAAUGUUUUCACUUUUCCUAUUCUGGUUGAGGUGAAUGUAAAAGUAUGUCAAGGCUGAUACCAUAUACCACUCUUUCAACUGCUAGGACUCCUCUCUGCUUAGGGUUUAGGACUUUGGACUUUGGGAGGAUGGUUUUGGUUUUAAAUGAAUGUUGUUUGGUUUUCAUUUUAUUAAACUAUUACUUUGUGUGCAAAAGUGAGCAAAGUGAAUUACCUUGUUUUAAUAGCUUUGCUUUAUAACAUAUGUAAACCAAAUGCCAUAAAUCUAUUAAAUUAUGGUUAAACUGUUGAGGGGUUUUGUUAGUUGUCUAGAAUGCAAGCUGGACAACCUGUGGUGCUGACCUUUUUAUAUAUAUAGAGAUAGAUAUAUCUAUAUAUAUAUAUAUAUAUAUAUAUAAAAAAUAUUAGCAAACCUAAAAGUAGCAUUGUGGUUUUAAAUGUGUUUUGGCUGGCCUCAGAAUCUACCUUCAUUUCGUACUGUAGAACCAUACCAGGUAAUUAAAUUUAACUUCAUCACUCUUCAUGGUUGGUUAAAACCAGAGAGAGAUGUAGUUUCUACCACAGUAUUUCCAAGCAGUAUUUUAAUAGGUCUCUUCACAGAGAACCGUUUUCAGGUGCACGUUGACUUCCUACUUAAAGCUCCAAGUGAUAUGCCAGCACUUGGAAUUUGUACUUUUUUUGUAUAAAAAAACAAAUAUUCUAUGGGAAUAUUGAGCAAUAUGUCUGUUAUUUCAUGUGUGAGUAUUACAGAGUUGCUAUGGCUUCUCUGCUAUUUUCAGUGGUUGUUUUCUGUAUAAAGGAGCUACCAACAACUUUAAAAAUACUCUAAAUCUUUUUGUUUCACCAAAUAUAUGUUUUUAAAAUGGUGCUAACUUCAUCAUUUAGGUCAGUAUAAUAUAUAAAAUGUGAAACAUAAUAGUAACAGUUAAGAAAAAAAAAAAAUUCCCUAACAAUAAACAAACAAAAGCCCCCACCCUACACAAACCACCCCCUAAAAAAACCCCAAAGCCAAUAACAAACAAACAACAACAACAACCCCCCCAAAAAUACCACAAAAAAAUCAA